AUGUACGAGCUGUAUGGCCCCUGCACUGUCAUGAUCUUCUUCAAAAACAAACGUAUCAUGAUUGAUUUGGGUACUGGCAACAACAUCAACCGGGCCAUGGAAGAUAAGGAAGAAGUGGUUGACAUGAUAGACUCUGUGUACCUUGGCGCCCGCAAAGGCCGGGACAUGCUGGUGUCUCUCAAAGACUAUUCUACCAAGUACAGAUACUGA